CUCAGUAGUCAGUAGCAGCGCAGUGUUGGCGGAGUUCGCUCGCGUGUCGCCGCCGCCGCGUAGCCGAUGCGUAGCGCUCGCGUAGCCGCAACACUUGCGUACAAUAACAACAUUUUGACUCGUGUUGUGUUCCCUAAUAUUGUUACGAAUCCUGAACUUUGGAUGUACCACAGACGUGCGUUCUGGAUGUGCUGUUCAACUUGAAUUGAGUAGAGGUGAGCUGUGGUGUGCCAUGAGUCCGACCAUUCCGAGCGUCUGCGGCACAACGACUCCGCGACAGCAGCUCAGGUAGACAGAGUCGUCCUCAGCCACACGGGAGACACACGGGACGUAACUACAGACACAUACGAAGUAACACGCGUCAAACAUGGACGUGAGCACGCUGGCCUCGCUCACGGAGCUGGAGAACGUGACCGAGAUGUUCAAUAUGGCGGCCAACAUGAGCCACGCGGGGAACAGCACUGCGCUGGGCGCGCCACACAAGACCAUGGGCAAGUUCGGGGUGCUGGUGAAGGUGGUGUACGCCAUCGGCAUCAUCGGCAACGCAUGCGCCAUCAUCGCGCUGCGCCGCGGGGAGCGCCGCGUGCGCAACAGGAAGCAUCUACUGCUGCUCACCUCGCUCGCUGCCAAUGACCUCGUAGCGCUGGUGGGCAUGAUGUGCGCGAUGCUGGUGGCGGAGCACGUGCCGGGCGUGGGCAGCACGCGCGCGUACUGCGCGGCGCGCGUCGUGCUGCGCGUGUUCGGCAUCGGCUCCGUCUGCAUCGCCGUCACCAUGGCACUGGAGCGGUACCUCGCGCUCACACGACCCUUCCUCUACCAAAAACAAGUGACGUACUACGUAAUCCGCACGGCGCUGCUGGUGUCGUGGUUCUGGGCGGCGUGUCUGACGUGCGCGCCCAUCCUGGGGCUCGGCCUCUACUACGACGGCUCCAAGUGCGUGCGCUACAGGAACGCCGAGACUCCCACCGACCUCGCCUAUGCCGUCUUCUACGUCACCUUCGGCACGGUGCUGUGCCUGGUGCUGGUGUACUGCAACCUGGCGGUGAUCCGCGCGCUGUACGCCAUCACGGCGCCGCGCGGCUCGCAGCCCGUGGUGCGGCGCGUGUCCAAGUCCAGCUGCCGGCAGCGCGCGCGCGCCGGGCCCGCGCCGCACCAUCACAACGCCGCCACCGCCGAGGAGGUCGCCUUCAGUCGCCUCAUGGCCACGCUCUCCGUACUCUUCAUGAUCUGCUGGCUGCCGCAGAUGCUGACGUCGGCGCUGUUCCUGGGGCUGGGCCCGCGCACGUGGCCGCGUCUGUCCCCGCUCUCGAUCCUCUCCGACAUCCUCAUGCUGCUCAACUACGUGCUCAACCCCAUCCUCUACGUGCUCAUGCGGCAGCGGAGGCGGUUGUCACUCACCAACCUCUGUCACUCCAUCGCGCACUGCUUUAAGCGAAGCCAUAAAACGUCGACGGAGUCAGUGUCGAUGAAGGCGUCGUGCUGCCCACAAGAGACACUGGUGGUGAGCGACAGCUCGGGCGCGGAGAUGCGGCCUCUGCGGGCGCCCGUGUCGCUGGCGCCCUACGACUCGCAGCACGCGGCCUGACGCACUCUGCCGGCGACACACAUCAAUCAAACGACAGAUCUGAUCACGACUAUCUAUUAGUAACAAUAAUCACUCUCUGGAUAACGAAUGCAUCUCUUAGAGGCUGCGAGACACUCCAUUUCUAGUAAUAAAAUGCGAUAUCUCUUGAGAUUUCUGGAUUUUACAUUUAACUUCAUACAUUGCAGAAUGUGUUAAGUAUUAUGUCUUUAAAAGCAGAUGUUUCUCCCGCAUUUCCAUAACCAAAGACUACAAUCAUGCUACUGAUUGGUACUUGAUAUUUCCGUAACACGCACUCGAGUCUUCACUUCUUCAGAGCAGUGCAGUGUGCAGUCAGAUGCACAAGGACGAGCACGCACUCUCGCCCACUGUCCCGGCUGUUGAGACUGUGGGCUGCAGGAGCGUCUCACAACUCUGUCAUAUCUGCAGACUCUCGUGUUGAUAUUGCUCCCUGUCAUACAGGCUAUAUAGGUAGUGUUGUAGAUAUAAGCAAUUUCUGUAAAUAUAGUAAACAUAAUAUUAUUGUACUUAUAGUUUUACAAAUUGUAUUUUCUAUUUUUGUAUUAUUAAAUUACUAAAUAGUGAAACUUAAACUGUUUAUGAUAAAUAACUAUAAUACAUGGAGUACAGAGUGAUAUGCGCUGUGUAGGGGGCGCCACAGUCGCUACAGAGUAAAAAGUAAAAGAACAAUGGUUACAGCAGCACCACCUAAUAUUAAUGCAGAUCGAUAUGAACACUUUCAUCCCCACCUCCAGAAUGUAAAUAGUUUGAUUUAGAUAGUUUUCCUAUUCUCCACGGACUCUUGUCCGUGUUAUCGUAUUUCCAAUCAAUAUGAUAUACCUAAGUACGAGUGUCGGGGUUAGUUAGGUUUAGUCACAACGAGUCACAGCAUUUAUUUCAAUUAUACACACUUAGACUCUCGUUAUUUAAAAAAAUCGAAACUCAAGUAACAAUGUGUGUUCGAAAUAUGAAAUAGUUCAUUUGAACUACCUACCUAUAAUCAAUUAACAUUCUUAAGAAUAAUAAACCUAUAUGAUGUCUUCAAUGAAUGUACCUAUGUGUAUGCACAAUAAUACAUACUUACUAAACCAUCCACAUAGCUCCGCAAGUUAGUGAAGUUCUGCAAUGUACAAUUGUAGUAAAAACACGUCGUUGUACCACUUCUCCAAGUUACAGAGUUGUAUGAGUUUUAACUUAUCAAAUAUAACUGUGUGAACACAUAGGUAGGUUUUUUCACAUCUACAUUUCACUACCGCGAAUAAGUAUACACGUAAUAUGUAUUUUAUCGUCGCAAAAAAUUACGAUCAUUGCAAUUUCGCGGGAUAUCCCGGAACAUGCGCCUAUGACUAACUAGAAAAGAUCUGUUAACUUUCACCGAAUAAAUAAAUAAAUGUAGUCAAAGUCAAAGCAUUUAUUUCAAUUAAACCAUAGUUUGGUACUUUUGAAACGU